AUGUCAACGCCGUCACAGAAUACUACUCAUAAUAAAAGAAAGAUCAUUCUCGUAGCUAUCAGCGGAUGUUCCUCAAGUGGUAAAACUACUAUCGCUAAACUGACAUCUCAAAUAUUUCCCGAAGCAACAUUAAUUCAUCAAGAUGAUUUUUAUAAACACGAUAGUGAAAUCCCCAUCGAUCCUAUCCGUAAGAUUCAAAAUUGGGAUUGUCCCGAAGCUCUAGAUUUUUCACUAUUUGCUAAAGAAUUGGACUCCAUUAAAAGAACAGGUGUAGUCUCUAAUAAAUUGAUUCAUAAUGACAAUGUAGACGAUUUAACAAAAUUCAACUCUAUUUUGAAAGGACAAGCAUUAACGGAAUUGAAACAAAAAUAUGCAAAAAUCAAUGAGGCAGAAUAUAAAAUCAUUAUUGUGGAUGGAUUUAUGAUCUUGAAUAAUUCGGAAAUACGUUCGAAAUUUAAUCUAAACUUAUUGAUUCGUGCUCCGUAUUGUAUUUUGAAAAAAAGAAGAAAUAAUAGAGAUGGAUACAAGACGCUAGAUUCAUUUUGGGUUGAUCCACCUUACUAUUUCGAUGAAUUCGUUUAUAAAUCUUAUAAAGAGAAUCAUUCUUUCUUAUUUGAAAAUAAUGACGUAGAGGAUAAGCUGCUACACAAUGGUAACAAAAAUGAUAAAAUCUUAGACUUUAUGAAUGAUGACCAUGUAUCAAUCGUGACGGCAUUAAAUUGGGUAGCUGAUGGUAUUUUGAGUUUGUGUGACGUUGAACUUGAAGAACAGAAUUAA